GUCCACGUGUGAAACGGAAGAAAGAUCGCAUCUGCGGGCUGCACGUCAUCGUCUCUUCAGAGGCGGAUAUUUCUUUUCUUCAAUUUUUCUUCCUGUUGUUGAUUUUCGUAGCUUGAGCUACCCGCCGUCCCCCCCCUCCCCUCACAAUAAAAGGAAUAAACAAAAACAUGAGCGACAUCACCGCGAACCAGGAGGAGCGCAUCCGGGCGCAGCGGACCCGCAUCGAAAAGCGCAAAGACGGCCGCGGCAACGAUGACGACGCUGCCGUUGGCUCCUCUGACGCGACGUUGGCGCACUCCGCCGUGGAUCAGCGCGCGUCUGAUGUGCGCUACGAAAUGGCCGCCGUGCGCCACGCCAAUUUGUCCGCCGCGACCGGCACGCGCGUCGCUGCGGAGGCCGAUGAAGCGGGGCGAAGGCAGCGCGCCGAAGAGGCCCACGCGCAGCUGACGGGACUGCAGGAGAGUGACGGAGUAGAGGCGCAGCACGCGGCCCUCAACUUCCACUUCGAGGCGCUCUACCGCAUCGGCGUCCCACACGACCUCCACACCGCGCUGGAGGCGCAGCAGCGAGACUGUGCCGCGCUCGUCGACGUCAAGGAGAAACUCCUCCGCGAGCUGCGCAGUCAGCUGCACGAGCGCGAGACGGAGUACGUGACGCUGCUGCAGAAGAACAAGAUGCAGGUGAACCAACUGGUCGACGCGAUGCACACGAGCACGGACCGCUAUUUGCAGCAGUACGUGGCGAAGGAGGCGGAGCUGGAGACGAUGUAUGAAGCAGAACGGAAGGAGUUCCUGAACCGGUGUGCGGAGGAGGUCAAGGAGCUGGUAAAGACGCGCCGCACGAAGGAAACGGAGUACCGGAAGCGCAGGGAGCAAAAGCUGUCGGAGGCGCAGGCGCAGCUGGAGGAGAGAUACGAGACGGGCUACGAGGACUUCAACGAUGCGAAGCGGGAACACAAAUCCGACGUGCAUGGGCUCCGCGCCGAGCUGGAGAAGUCCAAGGCUGAUUACCUCCUCAACGGCGAGCGGCUCACGUACAACCUCCAGGUGCUGCGUGAGCGGGUGAAGGAGAACCGUAGUGCGCAGGCGCAGUACAAAAAGAUGAUCGCGCGGCUGCAGGAGACCCUCGCCACGUUGCUCGCCCGCUACCAAGACGCCGAGAAGCGCUUUCAGCGCACCAACACGGAGCUCACCACCCAGCUGCACCGCGCCGAUCAGCAGUACACCGACACGCAGGGAAAGUUUGCCACCUUUGAGAAGAAGGACAAGAAGAAGUACAGUCAACUCUGGAAGAUGCACCACGACAAGUGCCAAGCGCUCGCACAGGAGUCCCUUCAGGCGGACCGCGUCGUCUACGAGGAGCUGCUGCGCAUGCCCUGGCAGCCCCCAGCACUGCAUUUCUGGCCACGAGAGGAGAUGGAGGUCGAGGCGCCGAAGGAGGCGGCAGACGACCAGGAGGCCCAGCAGGCCGUCGACGUGAACCUGUCGGAGGCGGCGCAGAUGCUGUGUGCGAUAUUGAAGUCGCAGGCGCCGUUCCUCGUGGACGCCAACGUGCGGGAGGCGAUUCGCGCGGUGGAGGGCACGACGGAGGAGCAGGCCAACGUCGAGGGCAUCUUGACCACUCUGCAGCUCAACAAAACAAGUGACGUGGAGGAUAUGCUGGCGUACUUCCUGGUGGAGCACGAGGAUGAGACACUGGCGCUCAUCAACCCGCAAGAGGCGCUCAAGGCCCUGAAGGCCUUCCUGAGCGACCGCGCUGCUGCCGAGGCGAAAGCGAAGGAGGCGACAGGAAGCUCGCUGAAGCAGUCCAUGGCGAAGACGUCACCCGAGAUGCGCCAACGCGAAGCGGAGAAGGAGUACUGGCGCAACAUGGCCGCCACCGUGUCGACGGACCACCUGCAGUUGUGGGAGGCGCUAGAAGACGGUCUUAGUCAGUAUCUUGCGCAGCUGCAGCAACGCAAGCAGCUCAUCAGCGAGACGGACACGAUGCGCGCGCAGAACGACGAGCUGCGUGAUUUGAUCCGCCAGUACAUGAACAGCGACGUCAAUUACGAGCUGCGCGCACCGCCGCGACUCGUUGCGCAGACGAUGUCCACCACGCAGUCACGCACCGCGUCGUCGUGA